AUGUCCAGCUACAUUCCAGUAGUAAUAAAUUCAGCGCAAGCCACAGCCCUGUACGGCCGGACUCAAGUACUCGUCUGCAGCGAGGAAGACGAAGCAAACGUCUCAACGUUCUACGCCGUCAUUGCCCGCGACGACACCCGCGCCUACGAGUGCGAAGUCAUUUUGCAGGGCCCGCGUGGAUGCGAGACGCCUGCCGAAGCGAUGAACAUUCUGCUGCGCGUUACCAUGAAGAAGAUGAACGGACAUGUGAAGCAUGCGAGGGAAAAGAAGCAGAAGGAGUGGCUGGAAUAUGAGGAGUACGAGGAGGAGGAGAACCGCCUUAUCUCGGAAACGGCGACAUCCAUGCGUGAAGGACGCGGAUAUUGA